AUGGAGAUUAGAGACAAGUUAACCCCCCGUUCUCCUCUUUGUGACUGACAUGUUUGCUCUACAACUAGCUCCUUUAAUAAGCACACAAGCUAAUUUUGUUUCUCAUCUUUUCCUCUGAAACAUUUCUCUUGAACUAAAUGCCCUCUGGCAAAGUUUCGAUCUCUUCUAAUAACAAAUGAAAAAAAACCGAGGAGCUUCUGUUUUCCACCUACUUCCCCCCACAGGUAAAGAAUGCAGCCAAUCAAAGAGCAAAACUCAACGGUAACACCUAGGACUCCAGGGCAGACUUGCUCUGCGGUCAGGAUGAUGUAUUCUCAUGAACUGCAGACUUUCUGAAACUGCUCCACUUUACAUAAGCUAAGGUAAGAAAAAAAAAAAACACAGGAGGAAAGCCUUCACCUGGAUGCCCUUGUACUCUGCCCUCCUCUGGUUUAUCAUUCACUUAAAGAGGACAUUCAGAAGAAACACACCUGUUGGAAAAUCUGCAAAGCAGGCCGGAUUUUACACCGCCUCAAAAACAGGAUUCAUUACCAAUGAACUAAAAGUCUAUCCAAAAGAGGAGAAAGAUGUUAUUAUACAUUUAGUCUGCAUCCCUUCCGCAGUAUUUACAGAGGAGGAAGUCUAUCCCCAGCAAAUCCAUCAGGAUGCCACUUAAAACAUCCCUGCAAAGAAAUUCCUCUUCGAGCCACUGCUCCAGCAGGACCUCAAAAAGGAGAGAAGUGCUUUCUGUCAACAUGAUCAGUCUACCUCUUGAUGAUUUCCGCCACGUCACUCACAUUGGAAUCAACGGCCAAAAUGACAGUUUUGGGGAUUUAUCCUUCCUUAAGAUGGGUCAGGGUCUGCUUCGGCAGAGCUCCAAGAGUGAGCAGAACCUCUUCCUGAACUGCAAGCCACCGCCAAAGCCCCCUCGUUUGAAUCUGGAUGAAAGUGGGGGUGCACAGAGCCCCGAGUGGGCUGUGGACCAGAAGAGGAAGAAGUGCAGCUCGUUGCCUCUACUGGACAGUGAAGAAGAAGAUAAGUGUGAAAAUGAGGAAGGGGAAGAAACAAGUAAUAACUUUGUUUCUAAUCAGACUCGCAGGUGUGGCAGCGUGGGUUCGGAUAGGGAAGGAGAGUUUACAGGGAGCUUUGAACAGUUCGAUGGAUUUAAUGAAGAGGACAGUGGCUUUUCUUUCAGUCUUGACCUGGGCCCUUCGAUCCUGGAAGAUGUUCUCCGGGUGAUGGACAAACUACACAACUGAAGAAGCUUCAACAAGCUUCAAUGAGACACAACCUUAAUUUUAUAUCCAUAAAGCUAUGAUGACAUGUAAUAAAGACAGAAUAACUAGCUUGUAAUGCUAUUUGCAGGCCUGGACAAGGCCAGGACAAACUACAAGUGGGAAAUGGGAGUCUAUGGUGGACUGAAUGGAUCAUUUAAUCCUGAACAAUGAUCUCUGGAUCAUGAAAAAACUUUAAGGUUAAAAAUGGUUCGAUAUUAAGCAGUUUUAAGGCGAUGGAGAAGGAUGCCAUCAGUUUUUUUUCCAGGAGACACAACCCCUUAUUUUGAGAAAGCUACAUGAUAAAUUAAAGGUUGCUUUCAGGACUGAAGCAAUUGGAUUAAACAUGAUUAAUCGAUUAUUGAAAUAACUAACUAAUUUAGUAAUCUAUUAAUUGCUAAAUGGAGUAUAGAGACUGUGAAACAUGCCUUUAGCUGACAGAGCAACCCACUUAGAGCAGUAAUUAU